CCAAGACGCUUUAGAAAAAGCGCGGGAACAGCUGUCAAAAAUAUUGCCUGUGCAUAAUCCAACAAAUACACAAUGCCAAAGAAAAGAAAACGGGAGUCAACAGUAACAAGAAGCCAGCUGAAAGAAGAGCAGGACGGCGGAGAUGUAAAGUCUGCAAGGAAAAUCUUGAAGCCAAAGUCAAAGCUGGAUUCCAGUACUGUCCAAUAUACACAUUGGCUGAUGAAGUCUGAGCCGGAAUCAAGAUUUGAGAAUGGUGUUGAUGUGAAGUUUGGUAUAGAAGACUUGAAGGUGUGCCCCAACCAGACAGCAUGCUGGGAUGGUGUUCGUAAUUAUCAGGCAAGGAAUUUCAUGAGGGAUCAGAUGAGAAAGGGCCAUAAAGUCUUUUUCUACCAUAGCAACACAAAGGAACCUGGGAUAGCAGGGGUUUGUGAGGUUGUAAAAGAAAGUUAUGUAGAUCACACACAGUUUGAUUCAAAAGACCCCCAUUUUGACAGUUCAUCCAAGAAAGACAACCCAAAGUGGUUCAUGGUGGAUGUACAGUUUAAGAGAAUGAUGAAGCGGUACAUUCGUUUGUCUGAGCUGAAGGCUCUUCACCUAAAGCACAAAGAGAGUGGCGGGCCACUCAAGAAUGUUGCAUUGUUCACAAAAGCUAGACUAUCUGUGCAACCUCUUACACAAGAGGAGUGGGAUUUUAUUCUUUCACUAGAAGACAAAGAAUAAUGGCUAUUCUUUGAAACGUCUUAAAUUUGACCACCAUGUUGUGUUCUGAUGAGACUUAGAAAAAUCGGACUUUCUGAAGGAAAACAACUUUCCAGUGAUCUGUUAUGUGAAAAAUACAUUUUGUAACGCGCUUUGUGCAUUUUCUGAUUACUCUGUGUCUGUAGUUACCAUAUAUCAUCAUCAGUCAAAAACAAGUUUGGCCCAGUUUUAAUGAAGCAUAGUCAGAAUGUUUUCCUCUGUAAAAUAUAUGACCAGUUCUUUACUGGGUCAUCACAUCAUACCUAAUGUUUUUAUUUCGAUGUAAAUGAGAUGUGAAAUUAAAAUGUGAGUCCUGUUUGGCGCCAUAUAACGUAUACUGUGUUUAUGCGCCGUAAAACCCAAAUAAAUAAAUAAAUAAAUCAUCUUAUAUAAAAGUAGGUUACAUGGUAAAUUAGUGGGAAGUCCUUGUUAACACUCUAGAGACCACAUUUUCUUCCUCGUCUUCAUAAGACCGUUUAUAAAACUUUAUUAACAUGACAAGAGGCCAUUUUUUCUACUUUACCUUCAUAAAACUUUGUUAGAAUGCUUGUCUUUGUGAAACAGAGAUCAGAAGUCCAAAUCCAGGUCAACGUCUUAAUCUGUUACUAAGUCAAACCAUAGAAUAAAAACUUUUGUGGCCUAAUUUUCUAUUUGAUCAUCCUAAGUUUUUGUUAGAUUUUUUUUCUUACUGAAAUCAAGGUCAUUUUCAAAAUUAGAUUAGGACAAAAACUAAGCCACUAGGUCAAAUCAUAGCAAAAACCUUGUAAACAGUCUAGAGGCCACAUUUUCUACAUGAUCAUCAUAGAUCUCUGUAAGAGUGUUUGUCUGUAGGAAACUAGGUCAAGCUGAAAACUCGGUUACCCAAGGUCUUAAACAAGGUCACUAGCUCGAGUUAUAGAAAACUUUUUUAAGGGCCACAUUGUCUACUUUAUCAUCAUCGAUCUUUGUUAGAAUGUUUGUCUGAAAUUUAGGUCAUGUUCAAAAGUUUGGUGUGGUCAAAAACUAAGUCAUUAUGUUAAAACUUAGAAAAUCCAUGUUAAGUCUGUGAAUGGACUUCCAAGGAUGAUUGUUUGGAUUAACUGAACAAUCUGGCCGCCAUGUGCAGGGUUCAGUGUAUAUAGGACUCUGAUAAUUUAAAACUUGUUUGAAGUUGUUUAAUGCAGAAAAAAAUAUCACGCAAAUGUUCUUUUAGUGAACCUCUUCAAGAAUUGUUACUGGAUCGUAAACAUAAUCCUAAAGAAACUUGUUUUAGGUCUGAAAUACGGGUGAGUGAUCUAGGACCAGCAUGGUCCUUUGCAGACCGAAGUGGAUGUGUUAAGUUCAAAGAAGAUGCUUAUAACAAUUAGUGUUAAUCGAUAUAUGUUGACAUUGAAGGGGGAAUUUUCAAAUUAAUCUUGACUGCUUUGUAUAUCGCUUUCCAUCCAAAUUGUGGAAUUACUUGAAAAGUC